AUGUCCAGGGGUCCUAUAGCCGCUUCGGAUCUCGCUUCAGGGACCAAUUUCGGAGAUCUUUGCCCGAUCAAGGGUAACCAGGCCUUGAAUGCCUCGCAACUCCAGGAGCUCGUACAGAGGGCGCCAGCGCUUCGAAUUCUCGAUAAUACCUUGGACAGUAGGGGUCUGGUGACUUAUAAUCGCCAAAUGGCCUUAUUGACGACGUUCAAGCACCUGGGAAGGCUCUCAUGGACGGCUGAGAUUGAGGUCCGGGUCGAUGAUGUCCUACAUGUCCUCAAAUCAUGCACACAACUCCAGGCGGUGACUUUCCAAAAUGCCCGUCUGGUUCAAGGGCUCAGCCGAUCUUGGGCUAGAAAAUCAGAAGAGAAGCCUGAUCUAAUCAAAGUCGACGAUGAAGGCUGGACGAAUACCUCACUUCGGUUUCUGACCUGGAAGGAUGUGAUCUUGAAACUAUGGGUUAACUUUGUCGGGCCAAAGCAGGUUCAACAUUGCACCCGUCAAAGGCCGAGUAAAGGACAAAAGGGUGGAGGAACAGCUCAGCCCAGCUCAAGGUAUCAUGUGUAG